AUGGCUGAUUUAAGUUUAUUGAGAGAGAAGCAUAUCAAAUAUAUAGAAUCGUUAGAUAAAAAAAAAGAUGACUACGAGUAUUGGCUGUCUGAACAUUUAAGAUUGAAUGGUGUCUACUGGGGUCUAACUGCACUUUGUAUUAUGGAUGCUAAGGAUGCGUUUACAAAGGAUUCUGUAAUAGAAUUUGUUAUGAGUUGCUGGGAUUCUAAUAGGGGAGGAUUUGGUCCUUUCCCUCGUCAUGAUUCCCACUUAUUGACGACAUUAUCAGCAAUACAAAUUUUGGCUACAUAUGACAGUUUAAAUAUUUUGGAGGAAACCGAAAAACUUGAUAAAUGUACAGAGUUUAUCAUAGCAAAUCAAUUACAAGAUGGUAGUUUUCAAGGUGAUAGAUUUGGAGAGGUUGAUACGAGAUUCGUUUAUACAGCCCUGAAUGCAUUAUCAAUAUUGGGUAAACUAACCCCAGAAAUAGUAGACCCAGCUGUAGAUUUUAUCUUAAAAUGUUACAACUUUGAUGGUGGGUUUGGAUUAUGCCCUGGUGCAGAGAGUCAUGCUGCACAAGCAUUUACUUGUCUGGGUGCUUUGAAAAUUGCCAAUAAACUCGAUGCAUUAACUCCAAAACAGAUAGAGGAAACUGGAUGGUGGCUAUCAGAAAGGCAAAUCCCAGGCGGUGGUCUAAAUGGUAGACCUAGUAAAUUACCAGAUGUUUGCUACAGUUGGUGGGUACUGUCCUCAUUAGCUAUAAUUGGGAAACUAGACUGGAUUGAUUACGAAGGUUUACGAAAAUUUAUUUUAGAGGCCCAAGAUAAAAUAAAAGGUGGUAUAAGUGACCGACCAGAUAAUGAAGUGGAUGUUUAUCAUACUGUCUUCGGCCUCGCAGGGUUAAGUUUAAUGGGAUUUUAUAAUUUAGUACCCAUUGAUCCUACCUAUUGUAUGCCUCUUUCAAUUACCAAAAAGUUUAAGAAAUAUCCUUAUGAGUCCAAUAAUUAA